GCAUUUUGCGUCACGCCUCUAACCAUACUAGUAUUUAAAAGAAUAAGCACCACAUUGUAGAACAUUACUGUGAAAUACAGCAAAGUGAAACUGCAAAUACCAAGUAAUGUCAAAAUAAAUGAAUAAAUAAAUAAAUAAUGAGGACAAAGAUGGAUGAAGGAAAAUGGAAACAAGAAGAAUCACGGAAAUCAUGGGAUCCCUUCCUGAUUGUUCCAUUCACAGAUGGAAUAGAAAAACCUGGAAAAUGUCUUAUGUUUUGGCAUUUUGUCAUCUGUUCUGUUCUUGGGCUUUUAGUCUGUGCACUUGGCUUUUUCAGCAAGUCUUCCUUGCUGAUGCUGAUCACAGUAUCAAGCCAAGAUUCCACCACCAUAUCAAAUCAGCCUUUUGCUCUGCUGAUUCUUGGCUGCGUACUGAUUGUUCCAAGUGUGCUUACAUUCAUCAAAUGCCUUUGGAAAAUGGCAUUCAAAAACUCAAAUCUACCUUCUAAAGAGGUUUUAUUUUUGGUUUGCGGAAUUGAGCUACUUGUAUCUUUUGGCACAGCAGUUCUUACCAUGAUUGCCAUGCCACAUUUCGACAUUAUAACUAAUGUGAUGAUCUUAAACAGUGUCUGCAUACUGCCUGCUGUCCUACAAGCUUUGAAUCCACUCAUGGAAACAUCAAUCUCAAAAUGGGCACUAGUCCCUCCACUCCUUUCAAUAUUCUUUGUGCUUACAGGUUAUGUGCUUUUCUUUGUGGGUUAUCAAAUGGAAAUGACACAUUCUAGUGCUGGCAGCAAAGACAUAUAUCUGUACAUUGGACUAGCCAUAGGGAGCACUUUAUUAGUUUCCCUAAGCUGGUGGGAGAAGUUUACAUCAUUCCUUAACACCAAGGCCUUAGGCAGAAUUAGACAUAAUCUCAGGCACUCCAGAAACAUCACUUACUUGAUCUCUAGUUCAUUUCGAAUUGUUGUCACAGGUAUUGUGGUAGGUGCGUAUGUCCCGCUUGCUGGUAAAAAUUGGUCUUCCAUUAAAAAUGUUUCCACUGAUACAAUUACGAUUGUCCUCAGCCUGUUUGCCAUACAAGUGAUUUCCUCAGCUUUGUGUCACUGGUUUGGGGUCAUUGCUUGCAAAAUGCAUGCAUUCCGACGUGGUUUUGCUUUGCCCAUGAUCUUCAUCACUCCUGCUGUGUUUGUUGCUUUCCUUUUCAUGUUUGGGAUGCGCUACAAGACAGCUAAGGAUGCCUCUGGUGUUGGGAAUUUUUCACUGACUUUGUACUGUCGUGACUUUGAUUCAACUCUUGGUAAUGGGGUAGAGGUAGCCAAGCAGCUCUUCAGAGAUAUCAGUCAUGGGUUAUGUAAUAGGGUAGGGGGGCAGAACGACGUCCAUAUGGCACUGCUUGUGGGAGAAUUUGUCACCAUGUGGCUAGGACUAUUUCUUUCCACACUGUAUGUGUGGAUGAUGAAUACUGACCGAAUUGAAAGGACAACGCAGCUUUAUCUAAAACCCAUGUAUGAAGCUGCCUUCAUCGACCAGUGCUCUCUGCUCAACAUCCGGUUUUACAGUAGGGAGCAGGAAUACAGAUUAAAGAAAAACAGUGAAAAGAAGGUAGAUGAUGAACCGUUAAUGAUUUACCUGUGUGCAACAAUGUGGCAUGAGACAUGUGAUGAAAUGAUCAAAAUGUUUACAUCACUGUUCAGACUGGACCAACACAGACCCAAACAUAGUGCAAAGAAGGACAAUUUCUGUUUUGAGUCACACAUUUUUUUUGAUGAUGCUUUCAUUGAAAAAGUUAAUAAACAAACUGGCAAGAAGAAACUAUAUGUGAAUGAAUUUGCACAGUUCCUUGUGGAAGUUUUUGAAGAAGUAUACAAGGGAUUUUGUAAAGAUAAUUCAUCAUUCAAAGACCAAAAUACUCAAAAUGGAGAACACAAAAUCAUGCCAACUCCUUACGGGGGCCGUCUCUGUUAUGUGCUGCCACAUGGCAACUGUUUGUAUGUCCACUUUAAGAAUAAACAGAGGAUCCGCCACAAAAAGAGAUGGUCACAGGUCAUGUACCUUUACUAUUUGCUUGGGUGGAAGCUCACCAGGAAAUAUUUUACAAGUCUUGAGAAAGGUGAAAGCCAGAAAAACUUGGAACGAAGGCUAAAGAAAGAGAAACAUAACACCUACCUUCUAGCCUUGGAUGGUGAUGUAGACUUCCAGCCCUCAUCAAUAAUGCUCUUGAUCGACCGUCUUAAAAAGUAUCCCAAAGUAGGAGCUGCCUGUGGAAGAAUUCACCCAACAGGGUUUGGUCCCAUGGUAUGGUAUCAGAAAUUUGAGUACGCCGUUUGUCACUGGCUUCAGAAGACAGCCGAGCAUGUUUUUGGAUGUGUGCUCUGCAGUCCCGGGUGCUUCAGUUUGUUCAGGGGAGCUGCCCUCAUGGAUGACAAUGUGAUGAAGAAAUAUACUACACAAGCCACAGAGGCAGCCCACUAUGUGCAAUAUGAUCAAGGUGAGGACCGCUGGCUGUGCACCCUGCUUCUUCAACAAGGCUGGCGAGUGGAGUACAAUGCAGCUUCUGAUGCCUACACCAAUGCCCCUCAGGAGUUUCAUGAGUUUUACAACCAAAGACGCCGAUGGGGACCUUCUACCAUGUUCAAUAUUAUUGAUUUUCUGAAUACUCACAAACAAACAAAAAAAAAAAAUCCCAGUAUAUCCAGACUGUACAUCUUAUAUCAGGUUAUAUAUCUGAUUGCCAGCAUUCUUGGACCCGCCAUUGUUUGCCUUAUGAUUUCAGGAUGCUUCUCAUUCAUCUUCAACUGGGAUCCAAAUCUCUGCGUUUUCCUAGCGACUCUUCCCCCUGCUCUGUACAUAGUGGUCUGCUACAAAGUUAAAACUGACAUCCAAAUCAUAAUUGCUGCCAUUUUAAGUACAGUGUAUGCAUUUUUAAUGUCAGCAACUGUCAUAGCAAUUAUAGGGGAAAUGGUCAAGCAACAAACAUUUAUGACACCCAGUGGCCUGUUCUUAAUAUUUUUAGGCAUACUGUUUACAGUAACCGCUCUGCUGCACCCCCAGGAAUUUCAUCUAGUUAUUUAUGGAUUUCUUUACAUAAUUUGCAUCCCAAGUGGGUAUUUGCUACUAAAUAUAUACUCGGUAAUGAACUUGAAUAAUGUUUCCUGGGGAACAAGAGAGGUGGCAAGCAAGAGUCAGCAGCAAAAUAAAGACACCAAAAAUCACAACAUUUUAGAUAAGAAUUGCAUGUGCUGUGGCUGGGAUACUAAAUUCAGAAUCAGUAAGUACCAGAAAAUAACAUCUUCCACCGAGCAGCAACAACCUCUACUGCCUCAGAAUGAAAGCCAAGAUGAAGAAGUUCAACCCCCUGUGGAAAUAGAUGCUACUGCAGAAGAAUGCUGGAUUCAUCAACUGCAAGAGAAGUCUGGCGAAAUUGAAAUUGUUGAAGAUAGACUUGAUGAUGAUGAAAUACCUUUUUGGGAAGGGCUCAUACAGGAGUACUUAAAACCCAUUAAGGAAGAUAAGGCCAAGCAAGACCAACUAACACAAGAGCUUGGAUCCCUCAGAAAUAAGGUUGCCUUUGUAUAUUUUUUCAUCAAUGCUUUAUGGCUAAUUUCAACAUGUAUCAUCCAAUCUGUUGGUUUAUAUGUCAGCAUAAAAUUCAAAGAGUUGAAUGCAAAUGGACCUCUUGCUGAAGAUGGAAUCAUGCAUUUAGAGCCAAUUGGAUUGUUGUUCAUUGUGACUGUUGCUGGCUUGCUGAUUGUGCAGUUUCUUGCCAUGAUUUACCACAGACUCAGCGCACUGACCCAUCUGAUGGCCUACAUUGGAACAGAAGAAACAAAACAAAAGCCAAAAUAUGAACUCUUGGACCCGGCCUCUGAAUUUGCUUAAUAUUCUUUUUCUUUUUUGUUUUUAAUCCUUGGUAUUUUAAGCAUAAUCAUCAUUUAUUACUGUUUGUGUACAAUGGAUAUUUGGCAUAUUUUAUAUUUGGGACUGUCCACGAGUAACCUGAACAAAGUGGAAUUUCUGAAAUGAGAGAUGUUCUUGGGGUGUGCACAGAUAAUACUUCCCUACUAAAACAGUAAGCUUAAAAUUCCAUCUUAGAGACAGUCAUGCCAAAUAUCAAUGAGUGCAGGAGUUUAGAAAAAUGAUUUAUUUUUUAUAUUUUAAUCUUAGACUGGGACUUGCACAUCAUUAUGGGUAUGUACAUACAGUACUAUACUAUGUAACAUGAAUUCUGGAUUAUAUAUGGAUCUUUAAACAAAUACAUGUGUAGAAGAAAGGAUUAUUCUCCUGUGAUAACAAAUAUGAAAUAAAUAGAAACAA